UAGGGACUGACUCCUAAAAGGAUUAGGGACUGACUCCUAAAAGGAUUAGGGACUGACUCCUAAAAUGGUUGGGGACUGACUCCUAAAAGGGGUAGGGACUGACUCCUAAAAGGGUUAGGGUUAGGGACUGACUCCUAAAAGGGUUAGGGUUAGGGACUGACUCCUAAAAGGGUUAGGGUUAGGGACUGACUCCUAAAAGGGUUAGGGUUAGGGACUGACUCCUAAAAGGGUUAGGGACUGACUCCUAAAAGGGUUAGGGACUGACUCCUAAAAGGGUUAGGGACUGACUCCUAAAAGGGCUAGGGACUGACUCCUAAAAGGGUUAGGGUUAGGGACUGACUCCUAAAAGGGUUAGGGUUAGGGACUGACUCCUAAAAGGGUUAGGGUUAGGGACUGACUCCUAAAAGGGUUAGGGUUAGGGACUGACUCCUAAAAGGGUUGGGGACUGACUCCUAAAAGGAUUAGGGACUGACUCCUAAAAGGGUUAGGGACUGACUCCUAAAAGGGUUAGGGUUAGGGACUGACUCCUAAAAGGGUUAGGGUUAGGGACUGACUCCUAAAAGGGUUAGGGUUAGGGACUGACUCCUAAAAAGGGGUAGGGACUGACUCCUAAAAGGAUUAGGGACUGACUCCUAAAAGGAUUAGGGACUGACUCCUAAAAGGGUUAGGGACUGACUCCUAAAAGGGUUAGGGACUGACUCCUAAAAGGGUUAGGGACUGACUCCUGAAAGAUUUAGGGACUGACUCCUAAAAGGAUUAGGGACUGACUCCUAAAAGGAUUAGGGACUGACUCCUAAAAGGAUUAGGGACUGACUCCUAAAAGGAUUAGGGACUGACUCCUAAAAGGGUUAGGGUUAGGGACUGACUCCUAAAAGGGUUAGGGUUAGGGACUGACUCCUAAAAGGGUUAGGGACUGACUCCUAAAAGGGUUAGGGACUGACUCCUAAAAGGGUUAGGGACUGACUCCUAAAAGGGUUAGGGACUGACUCCUAAAAGGGUUAGGGACUGACUCCUAAAAGGGCUAGGGACUGACUCCUAAAAGGGUUAGGGUUAGGGACUGACUCCUAAAAGGGUUAGGGUUAGGGACUGACUCCUAAAAGGGUUAGGGUUAGGGACUGACUCCUAAAAGGGUUAGGGUUAGGGACUGACUCCUAAAAGGGUUGGGGACUGACUCCUAAAAGGAUUAGGGACUGACUCCUAAAAGGGUUAGGGACUGACUCCUAAAAGGGUUAGGGACUGACUCCUAAAAGGGUUAGGGUUAGGGACUGACUCCUAAAAGGGUUAGGGUUAGGGACUGACUCCUAAAAAGGGGUAGGGACUGACUCCUAAAAGGAUUAGGGACUGACUCCUAAAAGGAUUAGGGACUGACUCCUAAAAGGGUUAGGGACUGACUCCUAAAAGGGUUAGGGACUGACUCCUAAAAGGGUUAGGGACUGACUCCUGAAAGAUUUAGGGACUGACUCCUAAAAGGAUUAGGGACUGACUCCUAAAAGGAUUAGGGACUGACUCCUAAAAGGAUUAGGGACUGACUCCUAAAAGGAUUAGGGACUGACUCCUAAAAGGGUUAGGGUUAGGGACUGACUCCUAAAAGGGUUAGGGUUAGGGACUGACUCCUAAAAGGGUUAGGGACUGACUCCUAAAAGGGUUAGGGACUGACUCCUAAAAGGGUUAGGGACUGACUCCUAAAAGGGUUAGGGACUGACUCCUAAAAGGGCUAGGGACUGACUCCUAAAAGGGUUAGGGUUAGGGACUGACUCCUAAAAGGGUUAGGGUUAGGGACUGACUCCUAAAAGGGUUAGGGUUAGGGACUGACUCCUAAAAGGGUUAGGGUUAGGGACUGACUCCUAAAAGGGUUGGGGACUGACUCCUAAAAGGAUUAGGGACUGACUCCUAAAAGGGUUAGGGACUGACUCCUAAAAGGGUUAGGGACUGACUCCUAAAAGGGUUAGGGUUAGGGACUGACUCCUAAAAGGGUUAGGGUUAGGGACUGACUCCUAAAAAGGGGUAGGGACUGACUCCUAAAAGGAUUAGGGACUGACUCCUAAAAGGAUUAGGGACUGACUCCUAAAAGGGUUAGGGACUGACUCCUAAAAGGGUUAGGGACUGACUCCUAAAAGGGUUAGGGACUGACUCCUAAAAGGGUUAGGGACUGACUCCUGAAAGAUUUAGGGACUGACUCCUAAAAGGAUUAGGGACUGACUCCUAAAAGGAUUAGGGACUGACUCCUAAAAGGAUUAGGGACUGACUCCUAAAAGGGGUAGGGACUGACUCCUAAAAGGGGUAGGGACUGACUCCUAAAAGGGGUAGGGACUGACUCCUAAAAGGAUUAGGGACUGACUCCUAAAAGGAUUAGGGACUGACUCCUAAAAGGAUUAGGGACUGACUCCUAAAAAGGAAUUCUAGGCUACCAAAGGAAAGGGUAUAUUUUUAUAUUCAUAAUUGUUGAUCAUUUUCUUAUGUAUUUUAUUUUUUUUACAAAUUAUAUUUCAAUAAAGAAUAUUGUCUGUUCACUUUUGUUAUAUAAUCAAAUCAA